UUCCAUCAUUUUUUUUCUUGAAGUAUUCACGUGUGUGAACUACAUUAUUUAGUAAACGUGAAAAAUUGAAACUAAUGUUCUCUUAUAAAAUGUAAAUAAUCAUGUUAUCAUGAGGAAAAACUGUUGUCCAUAAUUACUUUCAACGCGGUUGAGUUGAAAAAAAAUGUAUUGUUUUAUCUGAGCGAGCUUGUCAAAAAAACCGCUAGAUGUCUAAUGAAUGUGUCUAAAGAUUCCGAAAAUCGAACAAAUACUUUUGGAAUCCUCUCGGUAUCCUCCGCGACACGAUGCACACAAAUGCAAAAUUCUCGCUUAUACACAUAAACACAAGUGCGUAAAAAACGACGACAGAGACGACGAGCCACACGGUUCACGGUUGUGGGAUAAGUGUUGUUCAGUGGGAGGCCGAGUUGUUUUGUGAAAAAAACGUUCCCACGAAAAAAGUGAUGGCGACGUGGGAGAACGAAAAAUUCGGAGAAAAUGUUACGAGUAUCGGAGAAAAUUUCGACGGUAUUCUCGUAACUCACGAUUUACAGGAUUGUCUCGACGACAGUCUCGAUCUCACGAGUUUCGGUAGAGUUUACGAACAAACUCCUGUUUUUGAUUAUGGAAAGUACUCAGACGAGGACCUUUCGUCCACCGUAAAAUUACCGGAUGAUCGAACCGGAUAUAUACAUCACACGAUAAGCCCUAAUGAAAUUUACAUGCGAAUUCAUCCUGGUCAACAUGACUCAAUGCCGGAUGAUCCUUCGCAUGCAACGAUCACGAUCGAGAGUACAGAUCCAGACACCAAUCAAAAGCACAUUAGUCGUUACGAGUGCGAGUACGACGGUUGCUCACGCACUUACAGCACCGUAGGAAAUCUGAGAACACACAUGAAAACCCACAAAGGCGAGUAUCGAUUUAAAUGCGCGGAAGCGAGUUGCGGCAAGGCAUUUCUCACCUCGUACAGCCUUAAGAUCCACAUUAGAGUACACACAAAAGUAAAACCGUUCGAGUGCAAUCACAACGGUUGUGAGAAGGCAUUCAAUACCCUCUAUAGACUGAGAGCUCAUCAAAGACUUCACAGCGGUAAUACGUUCAACUGCGAGGAAACAGGAUGUGUUAAGUUCUUCACUACACUAAGCGAUCUCAAGAAACACGUCCGUACCCACACUCAAGAACGCCCAUACAAAUGCAGGGAGGAUGGUUGCGGCAAAGCAUUUACAGCAUCACACCAUCUCAAAACUCACAAAAGAACUCAUACUGGUGAACGUCCCUAUACGUGUGCCUUUGAAAAUUGCCAAAGAUCCUUCACGACUCUACACAGCCUCAAAAGUCACUUGAAAACACAUAAGAGAUCGUUAGCUAAUGGAGAACCGAAGCACAAAUUACCUCCACCAGUGGAAGAAGGAGCUUCGAAUUUGAUAAAAAUCGAGCGCUCAGAAAACAAAACGAAUGAUCGAAAGGAUCUUCAGUCGUUCUCGAUAAUUCCGAUGACAUCGAGCGACCAACAGAGUACCGAAACGCUGACAUAUUUGUCGUUGCAAACGAGCAAAUCGCCAAACGAUACCUUGGUGGAUGCGUUCAGCAGUGAAAUGAGUUUCGACAUAACCAGCAGAGAAUUACGACAAAUGAACGAUGCGAAAAUACAGCACGAGACAAACCCAACGGACGAUCUCACUUUUCUUACCGUACCUGGUAUUAACGAGCGUGAAUCCUUGGUAAAUUUCACGAGUACGGAAGAAGAUUACGAAGAAAAAUUGAAGAUAUUCCGUCAACUGACGGGAAACGAGGACAGCGAAGAAAUCACAUUGGCUAAGAGCGAUCAUCUCAAAGUUCCUCAAGGGAGCCAAAUGAAUUUGGAACAAAAAAUAAUGCAAGACGGACUUGAAAACACGAUAGCUCAAUUAUCAGAAGUCAAAGAUCAUGAAGUAAAUCCCGAGCAUUACGGAGCACCCUGUUUGGCCGGACAGAGCGAAUUUGAUCGUUCGAUCAACGAGGAUACAUCAAUGAGGAAACCGAACGAUCACUUGUUCUCAAAUGACCUCGACACCAUAACGUUCACGAGCCAAACCGACGAACUAAUAAAUCCGGUCAAUAUCGUCAGUAACGAGCCUUCCGAAGCCGUUGAAUUGGCCAUAGCAACUGAGGAAGAGAUGCCAUCACAGUGGAUCGAUGUUAUGGCAUUAGCAGCAGCACCAGCCUUGAGAACGGAGUCGUGGUCGGAGUUGAACGCUUUUCCAACAGCUGUUCAUUCCCUCGUCGACCUCGUUGGUCCCGAGCCAUAUCCCCUUAACCUUGAAAAUCAGCUGGAAAAUGUUGCAGAAACUCUUAAUUGUCAAAACGUCGAUAAACCAGAACAAAUUUGCCAUCUUCCUGUGAUAGAGCCAGCGAAUCCUAUCAUUAAAACGACCGACCCUCGUACACCAUCGAUACUCGCUUCGAGCAACGACAAGAGAAAUCGUAAUGUUUUGCAAGAGAUUACAGCCGAUGCAGAUAUUUGCAAAUGCACCGACUGCAAGUGCGAUAAUUCUAACAGUUGUCAUAAUUGUGCGAGUACGAAUGAAACCGAAGUACCAAUUCAUCACAAAGCAACUGAAUCGCAGCUGCAAAUCGUCAGUGAAAUCGUUUCUUGCCUGCAGAACGAGUGCCCGUGCGACAACGAUGGAUCCCAAGGCUGCGGUUCAUGUUGCGUCGUCAUUUGCUUGAAAACGUUACAACAAUUGCAACGAGUAUUCAACAAUAGAAAUUGUUGCAGAGAAAUGAGCAGAAGUCAGUGCUGCAAGGAGAAAAAUUCGUUCAAUCUGAUGAAAAGCCAAGUGGCCAAUAACCAAUGAGGACCCACUAUUUUUCAGGAUUUCUUUGUUGUUAUUUACUUAUUACUUUAGAGAAAUCGCUCUACCAGUGAUUUCGCAAACUAGUCAUUCAAACGAAGAGGCUUCCUUCCGCUUCCUCGACCAUUUAGGAAUUUUGCCAUUUAUAUAUAUAUAUAUAUAUAUAUUUUUUUUUUUUCAACGCAAAAACUUCACGAGUCGAAGGACAGAGAAUAUAUGGACUGUGUUUGUAUUCUGAUCGUGAGCGACAAGCUUGGAUGUUUUUGUGCCUAAAUAUUUGGUCGAAAACCGAUUCAAUGAGAGUUUAAAAUGUUUUUUCAUUUUCGUUUCCUAACACUUCUAUUCAGUUCUUCUAAAUUAUUUUUUGGACUACAACGAGCAUUAAUAAACAUUCAACAUGAAUAAUACUGGCUCGUGAUGUUUUUUCAAAAAUAUUCAUUACAAUCAAUGUGAGAAAUUUUCUUGAAACUUUCAUUGAUUCUAUAUUUCGCUGCUUUCGAAAUUGAUUAAUUAUUCGAAUGAAUCAAUGUUACGAAUCGUUGUUAGAAGACUUAAUCGUUAAAGUUGUUCAAAGAGAAAUUCGUGCUCGAUUUAAUUGCUUUGUUAAAAAGUUAAGAGCUUAUUUCGUUUCGCGACUAUUUUUGUUGUUAUUGCUGCGCAUUUUAAAUAAGAUAAAUGAAAAAACUGAGUGACGCUCAAAGCGUGACAAAUCGUAUAUGCCAAAUAAAAACAUAUUUUUGUUUAACUUUUCCUGCACUAGCCCACGAGAGUUAAAGCGUCUCAUCAAAUCGUAUCGUUGCGAGGAUGUACGUAUUUUCAUAGUUUUGUUACAUUUUUACGUAUACCAAAAAAUAUUCAUAAUAGUAUAAUAGUAAAGAAAAAAAGAAUUGAAAUAAAGCCUGCGAACACGGUGACGAAGUACUGAAUUUAUCACGAAUGAAUUUAUAUAUCGAACGUUACUCGCGUAAAAUUUUCGUACGCAUGCUUCUUGCAAAUUUUAUGAACUUUUACACCGUGUAAAUGAAUAAGCAAGCAUACAUAUAUACAUAUAUAUAUUUAUACAAAAAUCUACCAAAAAUAAUAUCCGAAUGAAUUGAAAAAAUUCAUACGAGAAUAAUGUUUGCUUUUGCCUUCCGAGCCACUGUUGGGUCGACGACGAUUUAUAAUGGCUGUUUCACGUACUUCGAAGAGCGCUACUUAUCAGUGAAGAAAGAAUCGAGAGCUCGAUAAACCGAUAGAAAAAGAACAAAUUGUUUUAAAUGUUGAUUUAACUAAUAAACGUUUUCGAUCGCAAUUUCAUUGUGGAUUUAUCGAGAAUAAACUCGCUUGGAGAAUUCAA